UGCGACAGCCGUAAGUGAAGGCGCCGUGUCGCCGGACAGAGGCUGGAAGCGGAGGGAGAAGCGGCCGCGGCGGAGGGGCUCUGCCCACUGGCCAGUUUGAGCUGCGAGAUGAGGCCACAGCAGCCGCCUGUCGCCAGCAAAGUCUUCAUCCAGAGGGACUACAGCAGUGGCACUAAGUGCCAGUUCCAGACCAAGUUCCCCCCAGAGUUGGAAAAUCGGAUUGACAGGCAGCAAUUUGAAGAAACUGUACGGACCCUGAAUAAUCUUUACGCAGAAGCGGAGAAACUUGGAAGCCAGUCCUACCUCGAAGGGUGCUUGGCUUGUUUGACUGCCUACACUAUAUUUCUGUGCAUGGAGACACACUACGAGAAGGUUCUAAAGAAAAUUGCCAAGUAUGUUCAGGAGCAGAACGAGAAGAUCUAUGCCCCACAAGGCCUCCUCUUGACUGACCCCAUUGAGAGGGGACUAAGGGUUAUUGAAAUUACCAUUUAUGAAGACAGAGGUGUGAGCAGCGGAAGAUAAACCUCUGAUGUCAAAGGGGCCAGCGAACUGGUUUCCGAGCGUUUUCUUUCUUCUGUCACAGCAUCAUUCCUCCCCGCUGCCCCCAAUUCCACGGUGCCACUUCCACAAGGACUAACUUUUCAGACUCCGGUUCUUUCAUGGGGAAGCCCAGCGUGUUGGCCAGCCUCUGCCUUGCUCCGUUCUGCCUGAAGCUGCAGCGUCACCCAGGCAGCUGCUUCCUUUGGCAGGGCCAAGCGGUCAUGGACAGCAGGCAGAAGACCUACUGGGAGCGGCCUAAAGGUGGUGGGACUCUCCCAGUGGACUCUGGGCUUCCAUCAGCUUCCGGGGAAGAAAGCAACGUACGGCCUGGGCGCCUGCAUUUCCGAAAACGAGGCCUACAUCUAUGAAGCGCAUCCUGCUGAUUUGCCAGGAAGGGACUCAGCCCCCAACUUCCUGACUGACUCCAGUAAGAAAUCGCAGAGGGUUUUUAUUUUCGCUGCUGGCGUAUUUGGGGGCAGGGAGCCCCCCGCUCGCACUGUACGUUUCACGAGAAGAAGCCGUAAGCGAUGUGUUAAACGUGAGGAAAACGCAGCAGCCCAAAGUAUGUCGCGUUAGCAAAAGUGUCACUUCUCUGCUCCCCCCACCCUUAAAUGUUGAAUAUGUAAAUGUAGGUAAUGAAUAUGGUUUUCAGUUUUUCUAGUUGUUUUAGUUUAGGGCCAACAGGUUUAGGGCAAGCUAGAAGUGGUGUUCAGCGGUGCGUCAGCUUCUUCCUUUCACCAAUGCCAUCUCUGCAGUACUUCUGCUAGUGUUCGACAUUCCAGCGUAAUGCUUGCAAAAAUGCCUCCAUCACAGAAUCAAAUGUUCUUUGUUCCGUUCCCUCUUCUCUAUUAAAUGUGGGUUACUCAGUGUAUCUCUUUGACUCUAAAAUGGCAACCUAACUCUGCUGCUUGGCCGUUGCUCUCUCUCAUGCCCAGGUAUUAAGGGAUUUGCCAAACAGGACCAGUUUUACAAUGGGUGGCAUAGUUUGAUUGUUUUUUUCUCUCUCUCUGAGCAAUAGAAGAGACACCAAUAGUGGAUCAAGGUCUUCAGGUGUAUAAUUCUUCAAUUCCCUUUCCUCGUCUUCCUUACCCUCCUCUUUAAAAAAUUGUUUAAUAUUUGAAAUAUACAGACACUUGUGGAUUCAUUUUUUCCUAAUCUGUAACAGUAUUUUGCCUUUUGCACCCGUUACAAUCAACUUUGGAAAAUAAUUAAUGGCUUAGUAACUUUUUUCCUAAAUAAAUUGUUUGUCAUUUGCUA